AUGACUUGGUCGUUGAAGAAAAUUUUGAAUCUAAAAAACAGCCUCGGUUCGAUUUUUGAUAUUCGUAUUGGGGAUGGGUGUGGUACUCUCUUUUGGCACGAUUCUUGGUUUGAAAAUCAGCCGUUGAUUACUAAGGAGGAAUUUCGAGGUUUGAGAAUAAGAAGGGAUUGUGCGGCUUCCACGAUUGGCGACAUUGAUGCUGGGCUUUGGGUUUCAAUUAUUAGACGAGUUCCGGAAGGAAGACGAGUAUUAGACUAUUUUAGUAGAAUUCGUCUAAGUGAUAGGGCUGAUGUUCACUCUUGGGUUGCCGAGGAAAAUGGUAAAUUGAAGUCGAGAAUAGUUUGGAAUGUUAUUAGAGAAAAAGGUCAAACUGUCGAUUGGGCUGCUCUCGUUUGGUCUUCAAAAUUCAUUCUGAGGCAUCGUUUCAUCCUAUGGUUGGCUUUACGGGGUAGGCUUAAUACCCGGGAUCGGAUUCUUGCCUACAUGGACAUUCCGGAUGCUAAUUGUUUGCAUUGUGAUGGGAAUACGGAGUCUAUUUGCCACUUGUUUGGGAGCUGCCCGUUUGUUAAGUCCCUUUGGAGUAAGUUCACAUUGGCUUUGGGCUUUGUUCAUUUACCGGGUUCAUGGGAUGAGAUCAUUGUUGCUGCCCGCAUCAAAGCUAAAGGUAAUAGAUUUCCAGCCAAUGUCUUCAAAUGUGGUUUUGCUGCCAUUGUUUAUCAUGUAUGGGCGGAGAGAAACGCUAGAGUUUUUGGGAGAGUUCGUCGUGAUGUUGAGCAUGUAUGGAGAGAUAUCGUGUUUGAUUGCGGUGCGCUAAUCGGUACGUGGAGACGGGUUCCCAAAGGUGAGCGUGAAUGGACCCUUUGUCGGGAGUGGAAAAUCGAUUAUGACAAAGUGACGUCUUUUAAUUUUUCGAAAGUUAGUUAG